CAGAAAUGUUUUGGAGCCUGAAUGGAGUUUGGGACAGCAGGUCUUCGAGCUGCUGUGGGAGUGGGAUUUUCACAUAUGAACGACUUGACCAUCAUCCAGACUACACAGGGAUUUUGCCAAUACCUGGAAAAGGAAUUUGGUGACGUGAAGCAAAGAGGUGUCGUGAUAAGCUUUGAUGCUCGAGCUCAUCCACCAAGUGGAGGCAGCAGCAAAGGAUUUGCCCUUCUUGCUGCAACCACAUUUAUCACUCAGGGGAUUCCUGUGUACCUCUUUUCUGGCAUAACCCCCCCCACCCCCUUUGUGCCCUACACAGUCUCACAUUUGAAACUUUGUGCUGGAAUCAUGAUCACUGCCUCUCACAAUCCAAAGCAGGAUAAUGGUUAUAAGGUCUACUGGGCUAAUGGAGCUCAGAUCAUCUCUCCUCAUGAUAAAGGGAUUUCUCAAGCUAUUGAGGAAAAUCUAGAGCCAUGGCCCCAAUCGUGGGAUGAUUCUUUAAUUAAUGGCAGUCCACUUCUUCAUGACCCAAGUGCUUCCAUCAGUAAGAGCUACUUUGAAGACCUUAAAAAGUACUGUUUUCACAGGAGUGUGAACAGGGAGACCAAGGUGAAGUUUGUGCACACCUCUGUCCAUGGUGUGGGUCACAAGUUUGUGCAGUCGGCUUUCCAGGCUUUUGACUUCGUGCCUCCUGAGGCUGUGCCCGAACAGAAAGAUCCUGACUCCGAGUUCCCAAACGUGAAAUACCCAAAUCCCGAAGAGGUAAAGACUUUAUCUUUUGCUUUGGCUGACAAAAUCAACGCCAAAAUCAUUUUGGCAAAUGAUCCAGAUGCUGAUAGACUUGCUGUGGCAGAAAAGCAAGACAGUGGUGAAUGGAGAGUGUUUUCGGGCAAUGAGCUGGGGGACCUCUUGGGCUAUGACUUUACUUCUUGGAAAGGAAAGAACCAAGAUCACAGUGCCCUCAAAGACACAUACAUGUUGUCCAGCACCAUCUCCUCCAAAAUCUUGCAGGCCAUUGCCUUAAAGGAGGGCUUUCACUUUGAGGAAACAUUAACUGGUUUUAAGUGGAUGGGAAACUGAGCCAAACAGCUUAUAGACCGGGGGAAAAAUGUCUUAUUUGCAUUUGAAGAAGCUAUCGGAUACAUGUGCUGCCCUUUUGUUCUGGACAAGGAGGGAGUCAGUGCUGCUGUCAUAAGCGCGGAGUUGGCCAGCUUUCUAGGAACCAAGAAUUUGUCUUUGUCUCAGCAGCUAAAGACCAUUUAUGUUGAGUAUGGCUACCAUAUUACUAAAGCUUCAUAUUUUAUCUGUCAUGAUCAAGGCACCAUUAAGAAAUUAUCUGAACACCUUCGAAACUAUGAUGGGAAGAAUAAUUAUCCAAAAACGUGUGGCAAAUUUGCAGUUUCUGGCAUUAGAGACCUUACGACCGGCUAUGAUGAUAGCCAACCUGAUAAAAAAGCCGUUCUCCCUACUAGUAAAAGCAGCCAAAUGAUCACAUUUACCUUUGCUAAUGGGGGCAUGGCCAUCAUGCGAACCAGUGGAACAGAACCCAAAAUCAAGUACUAUUCGGAACUGUGUGUUCCCCUGAACAGUGAUCCUGAGCAGCUGAAGAAAGAACUAAAUGAACUAGUCAGUGCUAUAGAAGAACAUUUUUUCCAGCCACAAAAGUAUAACCUGCAGCCAAAGGCAGAGUAAAAUAUUCCAGUUCUGGGCAUAAUUACAUUUACCUGCA